AUGUCUUUAAAUUUAACUUGUUUGAAUUCAUCUUCAUUUAAUUUACCAAUUUCAUUGAUUAGAAAUUCAUCGUAUAAUUUUAAUCAUUCUCCAUAUGAAUUAAAUGAAAAUAAUUUUAUUCAAAAAAUUCUCUAUUCAUCAUUUCCAUUAAAUGAUCUUGAAUUAUUUUUAAAUAACAAUAAAUAUUCAUUAGAUCUUUCGAUUUUUCUUGAAACAAAAUUAUUUUUAUCGAUUUUAAAUUAUACAUCCAGUUCAAGUAUUUUAUUCAUCUUACUUUCAACUAUAUUUUAUAUAAUUUCAUAUUUUAAAUUUCAAAAAUUUAAAUUCCAUUUUAUUAUCAUAUUACUUCUUAUUAAUCUAAUAUUUUUUAUACAAAUGUUAUUUAUUAUAAAUCGUGUACAUAAAACAAAAUUAUCUAUAGAAAAAUCAUUUAAAACAAUAGUUGAACAAAUCUAUCCAAAAGAUAUUUUAAAACAUGUUUAUCAUUUAAUUCAACAAUUAAAACAACUUGAUGAUUAUACAAUUCAACCAAAUUCAAUUGUUGUUCUUGGAUUGAAAUCAACUGUAAUUAAUUCAUUAAAUUGUUUAUUAGAAGAAAAAUAUUUUAUCACAGAUUUUCUAAAUUCUUUUAAUAAUAUUAAUAAAAAUGUUCAACAAUUAAAAAAUUUAACUAUGAAUCAACCAGCGUUAACAAAUAUGUUGGAUAGUUUUACAGAUCCAUAUAAAAAUGUCUCAGAUAAUUUAGUUAAUCAUAUUCAUAAUUAUACUGAAGGUGAUAAUAUUGAUACACAAAUAUUUAAUGAAUUGAAUGUGGUUCAUAAAAAAAUUCAAUAUUAUAUUCAAUUAAUUGAUGAAAAUCUAAUACAAAAAAUUUAUUCGAAUUUACUUGAUGAAGAAAAAUUAAAGAAAUUUUAUAAAUAUAUUACAUUAAUAGAAUAUUUCAUUAAUUACAGUCUUAUAAUUAUUACAGUUAUUCCAAUGAUUUUUAUUCUUCUUCAUAUAUUCUUAUACUGGAAAAAUAAACGGUUAAUUAAUUUCAUUCAUAUUUUCAAUUCGAAAAAUUAA